GUCAAACGUUUAAAUUAUUUUGUAUUAUAGUCAUUUAUAAUAAAUCAAUAUUUGACGGAAUGUUUGAAGUCGAUUUAAUGCAGGAAUCCUCCAGUUUCGAAGUUUACAUUGUUUUAUAAAAUAUCAAGGCUUCAUAAUUAUGAGACCUUCGUAAAGUCAAAGUCCUUGCUCUUUGUCAUUUGAUGAUGUCAUUUUAUUACCCAGUAAUUGAUUGUAAUCUUAAAAUAAUAAUUGUAAUAUGUUCGUAAGACGGGGUUAAUUUGCUGCAAUAUCUUGUAAUUUCAUUGAUAUAUAUUUCUAUCCCAUCAUGCGUAGGUCAGUGGUCAUUUGCAGCACUGUGGCGUUCUUGCUUUCCGUGGCUCUAGUUCAAGUGGAGACGGUAAGCAGGGUCAAAUUAAUGUUCAAUUGGUGCAUAAAAUAUUACACAUUUUUAACAAAUAUGUACAUUAAGCAGCUAAACCUUUCCGAAUUCUGGGAUUGGAUUUCUCAUCCAACAGCAGAAUCUUUUUCUGCGAAAAAUGUUGACAAGUUUCUCUCAGACCAGGAGAAACAACUGCUAAAAGAACAAAGGGAGCAACUUCCUCCCAAGUCGGAGGGAAAUGGCCUUGAAGACGAUUUAGACUACCCGGAAGAAGUCCACAUAUCCCGAUGGAAGAGAAGUCCCCUGGAUGACCACGCGGUGGAAGGGUACGAGGACGAAGUGGAACCACAGGAACGUUUCAGCCGAAUGAUUAUGAACAAGACGGAAGGCAAUACGACGCUAACGAUUAAGGAACUCAACCCUGGAUAUUUUGAACUCAAGCAUAAGUUUGAACAUCCCGAAUUGUAUCCUAAGGGGAACACAACGGAUGGAAAUGCGACGGCUCCUGCUCCUCCUGCUGCAGGCACUCCAGCACCCCCACCAGCAUAAUUUAUCCAUUUAUUCGUCUGUUUUAUACACAUAUUUCUACUUUGAAAAUUAUAUUCGUUAAUAGUGCAUACAUAUCAGAACAUUUAUGCAUUGUGAAAUGCUCAAUAAUUAUAAUCUGCAUGUUCUAAAUAUGUAUAAAUGUAUAAUUAAUUUGCUUGAUUUGAUUGAUUUUCGAAUUGCGUUGCUUUACUUUCAAUGCCUCAUUUUUCCUAAAGCAUGUAAAAUUAAAAUUGCUCGUGUAAAUAUUUAAACCAACGAUCAGAUUCAAAGCAGUUCUAAUUGGACACUUUCAAUUUCUUUAAAAUGUACAAAUCAAAUUUAACGUGUUUUGAAAAUAUGUAUGCGCGUAAGUGCUCUUUUAUUGAAUAGGUAUUAUGCCAGCGUAAUUUUUAUUCAGAAAAAAUGACGUGAAAUAGAUACGCAGGUAUUCGACGGAAACUAUUCCUAUUCAAAAUUUAAUUCUGGAACCGUUCUCCUGAACUUGUAUCCAGUUUACUUCCGUGACUUGGCUUAAGUUACAGUCUGAAAGAAGUAUUCUUAACAGAAUUUCUCAUUAAAGUAAGAAAUUCUUAUUCUCAAAUCAAGACUCCUUUGAUUUUUUUUCUAUUUCUCUGGCUGAGGUUUUCAUCUAAAGAAAUAUACUAAUGACGACUAUCUGAUGAUGAGAUUCGAGAUAAACGUAGUCUUUAGUACUUUAGUAUUACACACAUAAUUAUAAAAAUCUCCUUGAUCUGCUUUAUUACUGCACAUACAGUAAAACUUUUCUAUUAGCCAUUUCAAUUUCAACGCUAAUUUAAGUGAGCCUUCAGUUUAAUUGUAACACUUGUUUCUACAAACUUCUGGAGUACUUAUGCAAAUUCUGAUCUAACAGAUUUCUAUUACACGAAAUUUUUCACGUAGCUGUGAUAUUUGCAAUCUUUCAUUGAACUCAAUGACAAUUGUGCUGUGAAUAACUAAGUUCAGACUUGAAACGCAAUAUAUUUACCAUAUCGCACUAAAGCUAAUUUUAUCUAAUUAUUACAUGCAUAACUAAUUCAU